AAGGAAAGAAAAAGAAAAAGAAAGUAAAACCCAAAUGAUUUUUCUCUCUCCUCAAACUCUGCUCUUCAUCUCCUUCCUCGUUCUGAUUGCCAUCUCCUCUUAAAGUCUCCGACAAAACCACCAUCUAACCACUCUCCCCCAACAAAACCACCAUCUUCUAUCUGCAUCAUCACCUCUACUUCGCGGUGCCUCUCCUUCCCCGCCGUUGCUACUCCCGGUGUUGACGACAGUGUAUAGCUUCUUUUCCUCAUGUUAAGUAAAAGGCCAUUGGUCCAUAGCUGAUGAACUAUGGAGCAACUUGUGAACUUCAUUAUUCGACCACCAAGAGCUGAAUAUAACCCUGAGCAUGACCUUUUAGAUCAAGAGUUCAUGCUAAAAGGGAAGUGGUACAAGAGGAAGGACGUUGAGAUUAAGAACAGUCGAGGGGAUGUUCUUCAAUGCAGUCAUUACGCCCCCCCUGUGAGUCCUGAAGGGAAGCUCCUACCUUGUGUAAUAUACUGCCAUGGUAACAGUGGGUGCAGGGCAGAUGCCAGCGAAGCUGCUAUAAUAUUGCUGCCCUUAAACAUUACAGUUUUCACCUUGGACUUCUCAGGUUCUGGACUUUCCGGAGGGGAGCAUGUUACUCUAGGGUGGAACGAGAAAGAUGACCUGAAAGCUGUUGUUGAUUAUUUACGUUCAGAUGGGAAUACAUCUAUGAUUGGCUUAUGGGGUCGUUCUAUGGGUGCAGUUACCAGCUUAAUGUGUGGAGCCGAGGAUCCUUCAAUUGCUGGAAUGGUUCUUGACAGCCCCUUCUCAGAUUUGGUUGACUUGAUGAUGGAGCUUGUGGAUACCUACAAAGUCCGACUUCCUAAAUUUACUGUAAAAUUUGCCAUCCAAUAUAUGCGAAGAGCGAUCUUGAAGAAAGCAAAAUUUGAUAUUAUGGACCUGAACACCAUUAAGGUAGCAAAGUCUUCCUUUGUACCAGUGUUGUUUGGCCAUGCAAUCGAUGAUGAUUUUAUACAGCCUCACCAUUCAGAACGUAUAUAUGAUGUGUACAUGGGAGACAAGAAUAUUAUCAAAUUUGAGGGUGAUCACAACUCUCCGCGGCCUCAGUUUUACUUCGAUUCCAUAAGUAUAUUUUUUAAUAAUGUUUUGCAACCUCCAGAGGAUGAUGUUCCAGUAAGGUUGUUUGACCCAAUGCAUGAAUACAUUGACAAGGCUUCUUGGAAUGCAUUGCAUGGACUGGGAUAUGCAGGCAGCAAUUUUUCAGGUGGAUUUAGAGAUCCUGCCAGGAGUAGCACUGGAGAUGCUAUUGAGCAACUCCGAUCCAAACGGCCCAUGAGCCGAAUGGAGGUACCCCCUACUAUUCCUGCUGGAGAUGAACAAUCUGAAGCAAAGGAAGAGGCAGUUGCAACUGCAUCACCUUCCUCAAGUUCUGGAAUGAUUAGCUUUGAACUAACAAAUGGUCAACCCUUUGGUCCUCAUGUUCCAAUUGCCAUUGAUGAUGAUCAAUACGUAGAAUACUCUCUUGACAACAUGGCAGAAUUUCCCCGUGAUAUGGAGGAAGAAGAAAGGAUGGUCAUGGAAGCCAUUGUUAAGUCUUUGAAGGACAUGGGUACAAGUGAAGAGACACCCUCCCGUGCAAACUCCAAUGUUCUCGAAUCUAACCAAGAAAAUCUCAAACCAAUUACUCCUACAUAUAAAGAGAACUGUGGACCAUCCAAGUCAGAUUCAACUUUGCUCUCAUCAACCAAUAGUGAUCCUUCCACUUCUGAUACCAACGAUCCUUCUUCUGAACGUCGAUUAGAUAAAUCUUUCAGAAUUCCUGAAACUGAUUCAAAAAUAGAUUCAUCACCUGUUCAAGUUGCAGAGUCAUCUGGCAAGGAAUCCAGUGAUGGUACGAAAGCGACAGUGACUGUUGAAAAAAAUUCUUCAGGAAGCAAUAUUAUGGAUGGGUUCUUUCGUCGUUGGGAUCGAAGCUUCUUCAAAAGCACGCGGUAAACAUAACCUAAUUUUGUUGCAGCUGCAUACGCUUGAUGUUUGUGACAAAAGCAGGCUAGAUUUAAGGGCAACAUAGUAACAAAAGGAGAUCACCAUUUGCAUUUAUAUUGCAGUAAUUUCUUACUGACCUAUUAUUGGUCCUGUGUAGAUUUGUUCCUGAAAGCUGAAAGCUGAAAAGAAAAGGUAAUUGGAUAGGUGUGAAUAUUCCGUUCCCGGUAAUGCAGAUAUCGGCAAUUCUUUAUUGUGCAUAAAGUUUCCGGCUUUAAUGUAAAUCCCUAUUGCAAGUUUCUUCAUUUCCCACUGUCAUUUGUAUAUUUUUUCGUUCUUUCUAGUCUGGAUAAUGAUCAUAACCAAAAUUUAGGUGAUGUUGAAUGGUGAUAUUCUUGUAAAGUUCUCCAAAUACAGAAAGUGAUUUGUUGAGAUGGGAGACUAAUAUUGAAGUUAAUGAAGAUUUGACGAAA